AUGUCUUCAAAAUUUUUGGCAGAGUUAUCAAGUGAUUAUGAAAAACUUUUUGAAGCAGAAUUAGGAUAUGAUGUUAUCAUUUACGCUGGGGAAGAGUCAAACGUUAAAGAAAUCCAUGCUCAUUCAAAUAUUUUAUGUAUCAGGUCUCAAUAUUUUCGUACUGCAUUUUCUAAUGAAUGGGCAGAAAAAAAAGAUGGAAAUUUUAUUUUAAUGAAACCAAAUAUUUCGCCUCACUUAUUUAAUAUAAUUCUCAGAUUUAUAUAUUGUGGAAAUAUUGAAUUGAAGAAUUUACAAGGACCUGAAGUAUUGAAACUCUUGAUAGCAGUUGAUGAACUUAAUAUUCAACAAUUAAUUUCUUACAUUCAAGAAUAUUUGAUUGAUCAUCAAACUGAAUUUUUGCAUCAAAAUCCAAGUGGUAUUCUUGAAACUAUUUAUCAGCAUGAAUCAUUUACGGAUUUACGGAAUUUUUGUCUUGAAAAAAUUUGUGAAGAACCUGAAAUUAUAUUUAAUUCAGAUAAUUUUAUUGACUUAAAGGCUCCUUUAUUGGAGAUAUUAUUAAGACGAGAUGACUUAAAUAUGGAUGAAAUUAAAAUUUGGGAAGAUGGUGUUUUGCGCAGCAAAAUAUGAUAAAUGAUCCAACAAAAUGGAAUAACGAAAAUAUUAUAAAGAUUGAAAGGUCAUUACAUAGUUUUAUUCCUCUAAUUAGAUUUUAUGAUAUUAAACCGACGGAUUUCUUUUACAAAGUUUAUUGUUAUAAAGAAAUAUAGCCUCAGGAUUUAAUUCAUAAUCUUUUGGAAUUUCACAUAGUUCCUAAUAUGAAACCAAAAAUUAAUGUAGCACCUUCAAGAAAGCCAAAUUUAAAAUUUAUACUUGAUUCAUCCUUAAUUGAAUCAAAUCGUGUUCCUUUAUUUGCUUCAUGGAUCGAUAGAAAAGAUUCCUCCUAUAACAAAAAUGAUAUUCCUUAUGAAUUUAAAUUAUUAUAUC